AGGAAGAGUCUCAGCGUAAGCAGACCUGGUUGUCCAAUCGCAAACUGGUUUUGGUCCACAACAUGAUGGCAGAUCAGGGCAUCAAAACCUACAGGCUUGGCAUGACGUACUAUGCUGACAUGAGCAAUGAGGAAUACAGACAGGUGGCGUUCCGUGGAUGUCUUGGCUCCAUGAAUAACACUAAGGCCCGUGGUGGUGUUACAUUCUUCCGGCUGAAGGAUGCUGUUGUGUUGCCCAGUUCUGUGGACUGGAGGGACAAGGGCUACGUGACCUAUGUUAAAGACCAGGGGCAGUGUGGAUCAUGCUGGGCCUUCAGUGCAACUGGUGCCCUAGAGGGUCAAACAUUCAGGAAGACAGGAAAACUGGUGUCUCUGAGUGAGCAGCAGCUUGUGGACUGCUCUCUUGCUUUUGGGAACAUGGGCUGUUUUGGAGGACUUAUGGACCAGGCCUUCCAGUACAUUGAAGUCAAUGGGGGUCUGGAUACAGAGCAGUCCUAUUCAUAUGAGGCCAUUGAUAAUCAGUGCCGUUUUAACCCGAGCAAUGUGGGUGCCACCUGCAGAGGAUAUGUUGAUGUCACCAGUGGGGAUGAAAGUGCACUACAGGAGGCUGUUGCCACAAUCGGCCCUGUAUCUGUUGGUAUCGAUGCUGGACACAGCAGCUUUCAGCUCUAUAAAUCAGGUAUCUACAGUGAGCCUGAGUGCAGCAGCUAUUUCAUAAAUCACGGUGUCCUGGUUGUUGGUUAUGGAAGUUCAGGAGGAGAGAACUAUUGGAUCGUCAAGAACAGCUGGGGUGUGGGAUGGGGUGAACAAGGCUACAUCCUGAUGUCCAGGAACAAGAGCAACCAAUGUGGCAUCGCUACUGCAGCCAGUUAUCCUCUGGUCUAACGGAAAAGGAGAACAUGGACGUGAUGCAAAUGGGAGAAAGUAGAAUGUCAACCGUUUGAAAGAUUCUACAGUAAUACCUCAAAAUCAUACUUUUAUUUUGAUUACAUUUUAUAACAUUUUAAUAAACUGACCUCAGAUGUUCUUAAUUUCAAAUCCCUUGACUACACAAACACUAUGGUUCUAUGACUUAGGGAAUAAAAAUGUCUGA